GCAAUCGACGACUGAGGACAAGAACCACAGGGGGGAUGCGGCAAAGUGGGGGAAGGGGAGCUGAUGGAGCGAGUCUUGAUCCGCUGUGAUGGUGGGAAAGCUGAAAUCAUCCAUUGCUUGCUCUCUACUCCCCCUGAAACCUCCUUGUGCUGUUGACAGGCACCACCAUUAGCCAUAAUCGGUGCAUGUGAGAGCGGGAGAUUAAUGGCGUUCAUGGGUGGUGCGUUUGGUGAUGGCGGGACCCGGCAGGGGGCAGAAGUAGCCGUUUGGGCAAUGAAGCCAAACCAAAGCAAAGCAGGAGCGCGGCCAUUAAGUGGAGUGGAGGGUAAUGGUUUGGUCCAAGUGCUAUAAAGCAUGAAAGCAUUUCGUCGAGCAGUUUGAAAGGCUUCAUUUAAUGCAUUCUUUAGCCAUCUAAAAGCCAAAAGCUAAUCCACAUUCUUUAGCAGUUAUCUUUAGGGACUUCAUCGUGUCUCCCUGCCUUUGUUUGCCCAAAAAGAUUUGGUGGAAGCAAUCAAAUAUGGGUCCUCGAGUUGUCCAUGUCGUAUGCUUACUUCUAUCUUGACUCUCUGAUGUGUGUGAUCUUCAGAUUUCCUUUGCUACUCUGGGUCUUCGGUACUGUCCUGCUUUCUACUCGUUGAGAUUAGGUGUUCUUGCAAGCUUUAGCUCAAGAGUCAUCUUCUCUCCAGAUCUUACUUCUCCUGGAAACAAUGCUUGGUAGCCCACUGGUGUGCCUUUGAAGUGGACGCCAAGAAACCCAACUCAUCAUCGACAAGUCGUUGAAGCAAUCUCUUGUCUCCUCCUUGCACUCUAUAAUUGUCUUGCGUUCUUACGCACUGCUAUGCUCCCGCCACCAUGGUCUCCCAGCGCGCGGAGGUGGACACCACGAGUCCAUUUCGAUCCGUGAAGGAGGCUGUUGAAAUCUUCGGGGAACGCUUCCUCACAGGCAAUGUCAAUUCUCACAAGACCAGCUCGUCUGCCAAACUCGACAUCAUCAGAAGCCCCCCGAUCUAUUCUUUGCCACCUCCGAAGCCUCUCCUUUCAGCAAAUUCCUCGCCGCCCUCCUUGUCUUCCACCGCCCGUUUCAUUCAUGAAAGAGAUGACGAGCUCGUAUCUCUCGACGCGCUCAAGAAGUUGGAGCACGAACUACACGAGACAAAGUCCGAACUGAAGCUGCUGAAGGAGAGGCAGUCUGAGACAAAGCUAGCAGUGGCGAGCCUCUGUCUCCAGCUCCAGAAGAGCAUGUCCAAACUGAGAGAGAUCGAAGCAGUUGAGGCGGAACCGAGCAACCUGGCGAUCGAAGACCAGCCCUGUAAAGUUAGAAGUGAUCGAUGGCGAGAGGAUAACAUCCGGGAGAGCGAGUACUUACCGACUCUGGCUCAAGCGCUUAGCCUUGGGAGGAUGGAGCAUGACUUGUGUGGAAAAGGACGGAGAAAGCUGCAGAAGAGGAAGCCCAUCGUUCCUCUCAUUGGAGACAUCUUUGCCAAGAAAAAGGAAGCUACUGAUUGCAGAAACUCCCUCUACACCCCAUCCUUUUACAGUGUUCUGAGCUGAUGCUUUGUGUGAUUCUUGUUUUGGUGUUGGCCUUCUUGCCUUCUUGUGUCCCAUAAGCUUUAGAUGAGAGGAUUUUGUCAAUCUUAUGGAGAACAUUUGUUUUAUGUUCACCUUCAUUUCUUGUGUGUUAUAAGCUUUAGACUAAGAACUUGUUAUUGGUGAACAUGGAAAU